AUGUGCGUCAUAUGUGGGAAGAAUUGGCAGGCGCCAACAAGUUUAUCUCGCACGAGGAUGCUGGUACACAGGCAUCGUUUCUCAUGAAAUAGGUCAUGCUAUCGGAUUUUACCAUGAGCAAUCACGUCCUGACAGAGAUAAUUACAUCUCGAUAAAUCGUGUAAACAUAGUUUCAGGGCGACAAUCUAAUUUUUAUAAAUAUAGUAGAUGGAAAAUCGAUUCACUCGGCACGCCAUACGACUAUGGAAGUCUAAUGCAUUAUAGGAGCACAGCUUUCAGCAAGAAUGGAAAACCAACGAUAGUUGUUAAAAAACCAGGGGUAUGUUGCUUAGGAACCAAAAUGUGAAGCUGAGCGGUUAUUUUAAAAAAAAAAACGCUUCACAAGUUCCGAGUGGAAUUCAUUGUGCUUUCCUUCUUUUAUAUAAAAAAACUGCCUCUUGAAACAGAACUCAUCACAGAUUAGACUCAAAAGAUUAUACUGUCAUGAUCUGGCCCCACAAAAUGAGGUAGCGUUAGAAACUUUUCCUUUAAACCUGUUGUUAUACUCUUACAGUAUCUCAUGCCCUAGAAUCGACUUUCUUCGGCAGAUUAGUGGUUACGUGGCCAUUUUUGGAUAUGCGCGUUUACCGCUCGGGCUGCAUUCUUUGAAUCACGCGUUCAGAGUGAGGCCCUACCUGGGUAA